AUGUCUCAGAUAGAUCAGCUUGCUUCUGCUGCUAAGUCUGCUGCUGGUGUUGAAAAUGUUAGUUCGGUGACCACGAGAGGGGGUAAGACCACUCGUGAUCCACCCAACCCUAACCAUGGUACAGCUAAGACUCCGCGUCAACAAGAACAAACAUCUGCUGAGCCGGUUGAUCCUCAAGACGAAUCAUCAGAUGAGGAACCGACUCCAGAAGUUUAUGGGGACACCACUGCUGAGCCAGUUGAUCCUCAAGAUGAAUCAUCAGAUGAGGAACCGACUCCAGAAGUUUAUGGGGACACCAUGAUGCUUCCUUUCCCCACCAGGUGGAGGAAGAAGAGGAAGGACGGAGAAGAGCAAUUUCUCCGCUUUGUGGAAAUGGUCGAGAAAACAAACGUCAGCGUCCCGCUGAUGGAUGUCUUGCACAUACCAUCCUAUGCUAAGUUUAUCAAGGAUAUCAUCAACAACAAGCGACCAUUACCCUCCGUAGAAGUUGUCAAGCUGACAGAAGAGUGUAGCACAGCUAUACUCAACCAUCUACCUGUGGAGAAGCAAGAUCUUGGGUGCCCCACAAUUACAUGCUCAAUAGGCACCCAAUAUUUUGAUCAUGCCUUAUGUGAUCUUAGGGCGAGUGUGAGCGUCAUGCCGAAAUCGGUCUUUGAUAGGCCAAACUUCACCAACUUGGAACCAACCAACAUGACACUCUAG